UUUUCUUCCCCUUCUUUCCACUCUUCUUCUUUUUAGGAGGCAUUUUGGUGUCGUUUUAACUAUAAUAUUGAUUAAUUAAAACAAUGUCAAAAGAAAUAAUCAGAUUAUUUGCUAUAAUCUCCCAUUCCUAUUGUUUUCAUGGAGGACACCAUCUUGUUGUCAACAAUGACUGUGAUGUCAUUUCCUCGAUACAGCUUAUUGGAGAGAUCACGUGACAUUCCACAUGUUCCACAUACAGGGAAAAUGGCAGCGCACAGGAAAACAAAGUGGCGAAAAAUUUUAUAUGAGCAUCAAAAUGUUCCAGACAACUAUACAGAUGAUUCAUUUCUGGAUGCAAUGAGAAAGAAUCUAUACAUCAGAAAAUAUGAAUAUUGGUCUGUCGUGAGGGCAUCUGGUGAAAUAACACAACAAAUUAGUAGCAUGUGUUUGUUCAUUGUAUCUUUUAUCUACAUGGAUGAUAGACGACUUUCACCAGACAGUCUAGUUGUCAUUACUAUAGCUGCCUCUGUGAUUGGUUAUAUAGUUAGUAAGCUAGUGGACAAGGUUACUAAAUCAAACCCUACAGAGGAUGAGCCUCAGAGAACUGUUUUGGAAGAUCUGAAAACUUUUGUGAUGUUCAUGGGUUUUAGUUUUUGUUUGUCCCCGGUGCUUGUGUCCUUAACAGAAACCAUUUCAACAGACACAAUCUAUGCUAUGACCACUAUGAUGCUUCUUGCCAAUCUGGCAUUCCAUAAUUAUGGUGUACAGGCAGCAUUGGUGUCAGAAGCAUUUUCACUCAAUGCUGCAAUAUUUGCCUCUGUGUGCCUGGCAUCCCGACUCCACAGUUCCUUGCAUGCGUUUGCCACCGUCACAUUCUCACUUCUUAUCUUUGGUCUUUGGCCCAGACUUAGACAUAAAGUAAAGAAAGCCCUUCCUGUCCUAAAUGUAAUUCUGACAGUGGUAUUAGGAACUGUUGCACUGUUAGCUUUGUUUACCAUCUCCAUGGUUACAGCAGUCAUGUUUAUUCUAGGUCAUAUGUUUAUAACAUUUAUAUGUCCUGCCUGGUUAAUCAGUCUACAACCUCUGAAGAACAAUAUUCAUGGGCCCUGGGAUGAAGCAGUGAUAAAAAAUGACUGAAAUCUGAAGAGUGGAUGAAGCAGUAAUGCAGAAUAUGGUAGAAUGUCAGGACGAGACAAAGGUCCAAGAGUACCUGGUACUAAAACUUAGAUACGGACAAAGGUUAUUCAAGUUCAUGGAGAACUGGCACAGUCAUCGAGACAGAUGGACUAAAACUCAAGUUUUAUUAUGUCAGAAAAAAAUACAUAAGUUUAUACUGUAAGAUAUUAAAGUAGUGGAAGAAAGGCUUUGACAGAUCAGUUAUAAUGGUUCAAUGCUGCACUUGCUGGACUGAGUAAUUAUAGU